CCGUAGCGGGAGCGAGCGCUCAAGAAGGGAAAGAGGUUGAGAAGAAGGCAUCGGGACCGCGCUCAUCUGUUUGACUGGCAAAUGCCACCGCGGUGUAAAAGGCCAGUCAUUAUGGGGGACCCGGGACUCCAAAACGGCGUGGACCCUGACCGACCGACCGAGCUGAGCUCAUCCAGGCGGUUUAUACCAGGAUAAGAAAAAAAAAACGUCACAUAUGUCUAUAGUGUGAGUCCAGUAAUAAAGGCUCAGCUGCUGGAGAGGCGGUGUUUGCUGCGAUUCAAUCAGAGUCAGAGUCUGGGAGGUUGAUCCAGGAGAGAGGGACCGUUACAGUCUAACAGGAUCCAGCUCUGAAUUUACAGAAUGAUGGAUGGAUUGUCGGUGAGAAGCCGGUCCGGUCAGCCCAUCCCAGUCAGAGCAAGGUGGGUUCACCCGGAGUAAAAGCCGUCUGCUCUUCCCUGUUGGCUGUAUGUCCGCCUCCUGCCUCGACCUGCAGACGUCUGCCGCGGUUUCAGCACCACUGGAGCUGGACAGCGACUGCAUGGAGCCGCGGCCCAGCCCCGGCGCGCACGAGCCCGGCGGCGGUUUCCAGGCUCACCCGCUGCGGCACGCCGGCUCCGGAGGCCUCGGUAUGGCCUUGGAGGAGGAACUGUCCAUGCUUACCGGCGAGCGGUGCAACGACGACGGUCAGAGGGAGCCGUCGCCGGACACAGAGACGCCUGUCGCGGGGCAUAACGCAGACUUACUGUCGCUCUUCCGUCAGAAGGAACGAGACUUGGUUUUGGCUGCUAAACUUGGCAAAGCGCUGCUGGAGAGAAACCAAGACUUGACCAAGCAAUAUGAGAAAAUGCACAAGGACCUCAACGAGAAAUUAGAGCACUUGGAGCAGGAGAAGCACGAGCUGCGCCGGCGUCUGGAAAGUCGAGAGGGGGAGUGGGAGGGUCGUGUGGCCGAGCUGGAGACAGACGUCCAGCAGCUGCAGGGGGAGCUGGAGCGUCACCAGGUCCAGUUGAGGGAUGUUGACCGGGACAAGACCAAGGCCAUCAGUGAGCUCUCUGAACAGAACCAUAGACUGCUGGAGCAACUCAACAGGGCUGCAGAGGUAGAGAAGCAGCUGUCCACUCAGGUCCAUUCAUUACGGGACGAUUUCAGGGAGAAGAGCAUGUCUACGAGCCAGCACAUGACACGACUGGAGACUCUACAGGCUGAGCAAGGGCUAGAAAUUAAGAUGCUGUCGGAGAGGAAGAUGGAGCUGGAGCGGCGAGUGCACGCCAUGCUGGAGGAGAACGAGCUGCUGCAGAGCACGGUGGUCGACCUCAGAGAGCGGACGCUGGUGCUGGAGAAGCAGUGUCAUGAGAAGGACUUGCAGUUGCGACAGAACCAGCUGGAGCUGCAGGAGGUUCAGUUGUCCCACAGACAGCUGACUGCUCGGCUGGAGGAGCUGACAGACGAGCACAGCCUGCACAGCCUCACCCCACACCCAUCCAGUCUGCUGUGUGAGAUAGAACAGUGCAUGGAGCAGGAAGAGCAGGAGCAGGAGCGGGAGCAGUUGCGUCUUCAGCUGUGGGAGGCUUUCUGUGAGGUGCGCUCACUCUGCUCUCAUCUACGAGGAAACGACGUCACGGACUCCGCGCUGUCCACCGACUCUUCCAUGGACGAGUCCUCAGAGACGUCCUCAGCCAAGGAUGUGCCUACUGGCAGCCUCCACACCAGCCUUCUGGAGCUGCGGAGACUAACACAGAACCUGCUGGAUGGCAACGAGUCCACGGGCUCGCGGCGCAGCGAUGAGGAGGCUCUGGAGGAGCAGGUGAGGAAACUGGGAGAAGAGCUGAGAGACACCAGGGAGCUGUACGAGGCUGAGCUCGACAAGACACGUGGCAGUGAACGAGAGCUGCUGCAGCUGCACAACCAGAUGGCGCUGCUCUCGGUGGAGGUUUGCUCUCUGCAGGACGAUAACAAGCGGAUACGGACGAUGGCUGAAGUGCGAGAACCCAGCGAGCAGCUCCAGAGCGCGAUCAGAGACAGAGACGAAGCCAUAGCCAAAAAAAAAGCAGUGGAAAUGGAGUUGGCAAAAUGUAAAAUAGACAUCAUGUCUCUGAAUAACCAGCUCUUAGACGCCAUCCAGCAGAAACUCAACCUGUCGCAGCAGCUGGAGGCCUGGCAGGAUGAUAUGCACAGAGUGAUUGACCAACAGUUAAUGGACAAGCACCAGGACGAGUGGCGCUCCUCCCCACCAGGGUCAUCGCGGGCCCACGGCAGUCAGUCCUCCAGACGAGCACACCGCAUUUCCGACCGGGACAAGAGACUUUUCUCUUUUUUCAAGAAGAAUUGAGUCCCGUUGGACCGUUCCUGUACACAGCAAACAGACACAGAGACAACACGAGGGACAAGGAGGUGGAGACGGGGGGAACCACUCAGCCAAAGAAGGGCAGUGCCUGUUUUCACAUUGGCACAGUUCUGGCACGGUUCCAGUUCCCCAAACAAAUUACGAACCAGUCGACUCAAUCAUUCAAAAUUACUUAUUAAUUAAUAUAAACUUUUUAUUAUUAUUGUUUUUCUGCAAACCCUGACAUCAUCAGUGGGUGAGUCAACGUAAACUACAGAGCUGCUGUAGCUGAUUUACAACAAGCAAGGUAACGUCCUCUGGCAGGAAAUAAUGCAGUUCACAUAAAUCAGGCAACAUGUCAGACAGCUCGUCUCUUCACUGUCUGCUUCUAUCGUAGAUGAUGUGCUAGAACAGUCGGAGAACAUUUUACGGGAUCCUCAAAGAUCCAGAGAGCUGGUGGAGGAAUCACUGAAAUGUGCUCACAGCGAACAGAGACAGAGCGAUGGGAACAAACCCAAGCAACUGAAUUUGUGAUUAGCUCUAGGUAAAUCAUCGACUUAGACUGGAUUUACCAAGAGUUAGUCUGCACAGCUAUACGAGGUAAUGCUAACACAACACCUACCCAGUCCAGUGACAACAACACUAUCUUUAGCUGGUAGACGCCAGAGUUGAACGUUUGUCACAAAGCCAGAUUAUGUCCGUUUGUUUCUCUCCAGACUCUUGUAAACAGUGACUCAAUAAAGUAAGAUGAAGGGAAGUUAAUCCAGAAGUUGAGGAUGUCAGGAUUCUGCAGGUCCAGAAUAAUGUCUUCUCCGACUGUUUCCAAACUCAAAUAAGGAUCAGAUUCAGUCUGUCAAGUGCAAUAUAUUUAAAAUGCAGAUGGAACCGCUCCCGUUCAUUUGUGCUGCAUCGAUGGGAACUGUGCCAUUGGUUGCCAGUGUGAAAACACUACCUGAGGUUUGAGAGGGGGGUCAUUUUGCACUUUAUCUGUCUCAUUGCUCUUCUCCUUGCUGAUGGAUUGGCGUCUGCAAACAGUGAGUAUCAGAAAUGUAAGAGCGGGAUUUCCCCAGAGGCUUUGGCUUAAGCCCCUCUUCGAAAGUUAUCAGUCUUAACAGGGUCACAAAGUUUACCUCCAGAGAGGAAGGUUUCCUUGUAGUGCCUCUAUGACCAUCUCUACUAGCCCACUGCCAACUCUGUAGAGAGGGGAAUACUAUGUACACAUUGUUAUUGUAUGCAUCCCAGUUAUCAGGCCAAGGUGUCUGGGGAAAGACGAGGUGGACAUAAUGGGACAGUGAGGGAUCACUGGAAAUGAAGCUGUGAUCGCUCAGGUUUGUUCAUUUGCCCAGAUGUUUGGAACAUGAAGGCCAACUUUACAGAUCAUAGCAUAAUGUAUUUUUGAUAAAAGAAAUGAUAAAAAAAUAAUCUAUUACUUUCUUUAUCCAUAGCCACACAGAGUGUAUUUUGUAUGAUUUAAUGUCCAAAAAAAACGUUUAAAAAGGAUUCUGAUUUACUUCCAUGAAGUUCAGGGAUUCACAAGAGAGAUAUGAAAGCUGCACUGAGAGUAUUUUUAUAUUAGCAGUUGAUCAAAUAAAUAUGUGUGAUACAGAAAGGAGCACAGGUGAUGGGGAUCACAUUAACGAUUACUGUGUUCAGUUAGAAGUCGGAAGAGUGUGACAGCAUGAACUCUCAAACUGAGGAAAUCAUUCAUUUGAUCAUUAACACCUGUGAUUUUCCUACUGUCAAAAUGGCUGCUGUGACUCUGCUGUUGGUCCUGCAGAGCACUCACAAGUGCACGUCACUUUAACUGGGUGUUCACACCAAAUGUAUACUUGUGGUGUGUGGUCACCCAGAGCUCUGCAACACUUCCACUUCCUUAAUUCCAGCCAUGGUGAGUUAGGUGCUCCUCCAGUGAAAAACACUGGUUUCUAAUUGAGGCAGAUGGCGGCAAAAAAAUGCACCAAAAUGGUUAGCACUCUUGCCUUUGCAGCAAGAAGACAA